ACCUUGGAUCUGAGUUUGAGAUUUCAAAAUUUGUUUGGAACUGGAUCUUUGUAUCUGUCGAAUCAACAUUUACGAUAUUGCUACCAAAAAAUGGAGGAAUAUGGACAGGAGCCACUACAACAACGAUUACAUAUAUUGAUCUAAGCGUAAGUUAUGCACUUUUUGGGACUGUUACGACGCUAGAUACAACGAUUUGGGGAAAUACUACGCUAGGAAGUUCGACAUACACCACUGAUAAUCACGGAUUUGUUUUUUUACUGACUACCUCUAAUUCAAUCACUAUUGACUCUUGUCUUUUGUGUCCGUCAAUAAGAUAUACUAAUACCAGUCUUACGAGAGAUACUUAUGCCAUUGGAUUCGCCAAUCCAAAUAAUGUAGACUACUAUCUUACUAUUUCAUUAAAAAUAUCUCCUUCGGUGACAACAAGUCCAUUGUAUUAUCCAACAAACGCAUUCAAUCCUCCAACAAGUCAAUCGAAUUCACCGAACUCUCCAAAUUCUCCAGGAA